CUAUAUAUACCCGCGUCGCAGAUUGAAGGAUCGUGGGCAUUUAAUUUUACCUCGAAUAAACAACUGUGUCGGGAGCUUCGGGAAAAAAAUGAGAUAAAGAGGUGUGAUUUCUGAAGCAAAAUAUAUAAUUUCUAUCGAUUUUUUUCCGACGAUCUCAAUCGGAGCGCGAACGACAUGAACUCAUCACGAACAACUUAGCUUGAAUAGAGCUCGACGUAAAUUUUCUUCACGACCAUUAGUGCAACGGCGAUGAUUUCCAUCGACCGUCCGGAGUAUUGGUUUGUGUAAAUCUUACCGAGAACUAAACGGGACCAGCUCUUGCAAGGGAUGCAUUUAGCGUGCGACAUGCUCUAAAUACUCUGUGAAAUAAUUGGAAGGACAAUUGCGCCCUCGCCGAUGUUUCAAGCCCUGUUUUACGUCGUCUCAGAAUGGUUUUGAGUCGCAACGACAAGAGAAAGAGGAAGGAGGGAGACUUGGUGGACCUCAUGGAGCCACUUUCAGAAUCUUCGAAAAGGACCAAAGUUCAUGCACAAAGAAAAUUUGCACAAGGUGCAACCACAGUGUUCAAUACUUCGCCUACAUCUGUCAAGGACAAGGAAAAAGCUAAACCUACCACAAUUACAGAAUUAAUAACUCACAAACGUCCAAAUACGGAGGAUUUUUUAACAUUUUUAUGCUUUAGAGGAACAUCUAUUUUGCCACCCAGUUUAAAUUUCUUCAAUAUCGGCAACAAAAAAGAGAAACAGGAGCCCAAGCCAGCUCGAACUUCUACAGAGAAGGCUUCUUCUACUAGUACUUUUACAGAUAUUCAGAAGCAAGAAAGUACAUACCAGAAAAAUGUGAUAAAAGAAAAUACAUGCCAGAAAAAAGUAAAGCCUAUUGUUUCAAAUAAGAAAACGGUGGCUAGUACAUUACAAAAAAGCAUUACCAAGCUUAAGACAGCUACGUCUACUGUCCAAGCGCUUAAAAAAAAAUAUCAGGAGCAACGCCUUGCUAAACAAAGAAUAAAAAAUAAAUUCAAAACCACUUGCGUUAUGAGGACAAGAUCGUGUACAGAAAGAUCAAUGUUGAAGGCUGGUCUUCAGUUGGCGCCGCGAAAAUUCUUACCUAGAAUCAAGGCGAAGAGACAUGGCUUAAGAAGUGGUGUUGUACUGCCAGAUAAAAUCAACAAACCUCUGUCAAAAACGAAAGUUGCGUUACCCAGACCAAAGAAGAAAGUCGAUGUUAAACCGAAAAAUAGCGAUACAUCGAACACAGAUGUGUCAUCCGAAGAAGAGAACGAUGUCGAGGACGAUGAAGAGAAAGAAUUACAUGUGGAGAAAUCGACAUUGCAGAUAAAGCGCAACAUUCAAAAAGGCAUAAAAAAAAAAAUCUGCACCAGAAGUAAGUCAGAGAUGAGGAGAGUUACAAGAUCAUCCAGUAGCACGGUCUCCUCACAGAAUCUCUCCAGAAGGCCUACCAGAAAAACGAAGGAAGCAGCUGCUGUAUAUAUGGAAAUUCUUGGAAGGAAAUUAGUGAGCCCGGAUUUAGAAAAUGAUGAUAACGUUUCAGUUGAGAGCUUUCCCGAACUGCCAAAUGCUCGUAGAAUAGCGCAAACGGAGAACGAGCUUAAAGCCAAAGUGAAACAGAAUAGUACCAAGACUAUCGCUAAAACUAAAGAUUCUAAAGUUAGCUCUCUCAAUAGUAACACUAAUAAGCGAUUGGAUAAGAGCAAAAACAACAAGUUGAUUUUAAAGAGCAAACGUCUGAUGAGGGUACAGAGAUAUUGCGAAGAGGAUAGUGACGAAGAAUCUGAGAGUUCAAUAGAAACGAACAAUACAAGACCCAUUACCAGACAAAGUCUUGGAAAGAUUGAUAAACCGAUUAGCAGGAGUCUUAGAUCAUCCUCUAAAAACACAACUAUACAAACAGAAAUACAAAGUAACACAAAUACCAAACCGAAGACCCAGGUUCAAAGUUGUAUGAAAUCAGCUAGAGAAAAAUUCGUGAUAAAACGUAAACGCGAGCAAAAUGUAUCUAAAACAUCGUCGGAUAAGAUUAAGCAAAAAAGCCUUAAAAGUAAUCAAAACGAGAAAGCGGAAUCCGAAGAGGAAACUUUGGGAAUGCUGCUCAAUAAAAUAAAGAAGAAGAAAGAAAAUGACGAGGAAGAAGGACAGAUCCCUGACAAUGUUGAUAAUACGAAAGAUGGAAAGGCAGCUCGCGGAGACAGGCAAAAUGUGAAAGCAGAUCUGUCGAAGGUAUCGGACGACGAGGAAUCUUUUCGUGGGUUUACUAAGAAGGCGAUAUCGAAAGUAUUGAAUUCAUGUCAAACGCAUGCCAAUGUUAAUCUGCUAGUCAGAGAGUCCGAUGAAAAGCUGAAUUUCUCCAAAACUUUGGACGUAUCGCAAACAAUGGAUAAAAGCGAUACUUUAUGGGAAAGUAAAGUAGAAACAUCAUCAGUCAAAGGUUCUCUGGUCGCAAAUUCACUGAACGGCGAGUGCAACGUAUCUGUGCAGGAUCAAAAAUCGGUAUUGGAUUUGUCUGUAAAGACACAAAGCUCGUUGUUGCCAUCCAUGGAACAGACGAAAUGUAACCACGAAAACGAGGUUUCUUCCAAUCUUAUGCCACUAUCUACUCUGCAUACGAGAAAGGAACGAGUGAAUAUGUCGACUGAACAGAUAGAAAAGUGGCUAAACGAAAGCUCGCUUGCCAAAGAAGAGAGCAAAUUGGAGAUGGAAAAUGUCUCCAGCUUUAGGUGCAAUUCUGCGAAAGAAAAGUUAAAGACGGACGUCUCGCAUCUGUCUAUCUCGACGAAAAUUCAACAUUUAGUACGCCCGGUUAACGUCACUCUUUCGAAAUUAUCAGAUAAGACGAAUUUGAAGGACCGUGCGGGGAUACACGGCAGAAAUAUGAUAUCAGCAUCAUCUGAUAUGCGUAAUACUGGAGUGAAGCAACAAAAUGCGAUUGUCGACAAGAGUAAGAUUAUUACCGAAACGAGAGAGAUUGCCAAGAAUAAAACUGAGAAGACGUACAAAGAUACUUCUUUUGCUGAAGAUACUAGCGAUACUGUGUCCAAAUCGGAUCAAAACUCGGUGGAUGGUUCUAUAGAGAAGAAAUCACCGACGGAGAAGAAAAUAUUUCAACUGCGGAAGCCCUUUUUGCCUAAGGUCAAGGAACGUAAGACUGUAACACCGAAUGCGAACGCCUUUUCGCCAGAGAACGAGAGCAGCGUUUAUGCGUUUGAAAGCGAUACUGAGGUUCCUGUUAGCACACCCUUCCGAAGAAAGGUCAGAGAUGAUGCAAAACGUUCGACUGCAGUAAUGCAGUCCACAGCGGUUAUAGUAUCCGAGACCAAAGUGAUUGCCGAAGCCAAGAAAUUGAGUUUGAAGGAGGAUUCUGAAUUGUCAGAUAGCAAAGAAAAAUCGUCGAACGAUUCCGCGAUGCUCAUGAGGAAAGAAGAUGGAAAGGGGACACAAGGACCGAUAAAUGUGGUAAAUACGGGUCCAAGCGUGAGCAAGUUUGAGCUGCCCAAGAAUUUCGCGAGCUUGACCAGUGUCCAAGUGCUACCACUCGACAAACUCACGACGAGUUGGAGCAACGUAAAUUGCAGCGCUUCUAUAGCAGUGCAAGUGAAUCUCGACGAAACCACGCAGGAGCAAGAAAGCGAUGCAAGUCAACAAAAAAGUACCGAGAUAUCCACUCAGACCGAAAUGAGUAACGAGAAUGACGAUGACAACGACGGGCAGCUGUUUUACAUUCCGUUGCAGGCUGUUACGAGGGGCGGCCCGAAUCUGGUACAAGGUCAACAGCUAAUACAAGGCGUCGCUGUUAAACUUGGCACGGAAGGACCGACCGGUCCUAAUCAAAGAGUGCUCCUUCGGGCUAAGCUGGUCACUAAACCACCGUUAUCCGUGGCCCGUUGUCCACCGAUAGGAACGGUACAACCGACAACACGUACCCCGUCCAAUCCUACGACGAUUACGGUGGAACAGCACAUACCAUCGACGUCAACGACUGAGACUGUGUCGACCAUGAUAGCAAGUAUGAGUGCGAAGACGCAACCGAUAUCACUAACGAAAAAUGAAGUCUUGAUACCAAGUCCGAAUCGUCCAAAUGCCAGUACGAGCGCAAAUAGCAGUUUGGAGAAACUUAUAAAGUCACCAAAGUCAUCUAGGGAAAGAAAAGCUUCUAUAGAUUCGACAAAAAGCGGGAAGAGGACACAAAUGAAAUGCAAACAAAAAGGAACGGAGCUAUGCUCUUCAAGCAACAGUACAUUUCCAGGCACGAAGAUCGCGAACGAUGAAGCUCGUGUAGUCGAGGCACCAACGUUUUAUCCGACGGAGAAAGAUUUCCAGGAUCCAUUGGAGUAUAUAGACAAGAUAAGGCCAAUCGCUGAAAAAUUUGGAAUAUGUAGAGUGGUGCCUCCACCAAAUUUCAAGCCGGAAUGCAAGGUGUCCGACGAUAUGAGAUUUACCGCUUAUAAUCAAUAUGUACAUCGGAUGCUCCACAGAUGGGGUCCUAAUGUGAAAGAAAUGAUGGCUAUCAAGAAAUAUUUAGCUACUCAGAGUAUUACUUUGACUCAACCUCCAUGGAUUGGUGGGAUGGAAGUAGAUUUACCUCACUUAUAUCAAACAGUUCAAAGCUUAGGUGGAUUGAAAGAAGUUAUUGAAAAAAAGAAAUGGCAGAAAGUAGCAGAUGGCAUGAAGAUACCAAAAUCGGCACAGGAUCGUGUUACUAAAUUAGACGAUAUUUAUUGUAAAUAUUUACUACCAUAUGAUACACUAUCGCCAGAGGAACGUGAGAAAUUGUUCGACGAAGUUGAAACUGAAUGGAUGAGAAAAGAAAGCAAAGCCUUGCAAAGGCAAGAAGUGUCGUCCAAUGAUAACGAUGAGGAAGAGGAUGAGGACAGUUCUGAUGAAAUUGAAGAAUGCAUCGUAAAAGGAAGAAACAUGCCGUUGAACGCUUUUUACCGAAUUGCCCGUAAUACGCAACGUAUGUGGUUUGGUGAAAAUCAACGAGGAAACGAAACCGAGGGUGCUUCCGCCAAUGAGGUGGAGAGUGCAUUUUGGAAACACGUUGCCGAGAGAAAACGUCAUGUUUGUGUACAUGCGGCAAGCAUUGAUUCCAGUGGUCGUGGAUUUGGCUUUUCCGUUGCAAAAAACAGUCCGUUCGCUAGACAUCCUUGGAAUCUUAAAGUUCUCACUAACAAUGCUGGAUCAGUAUUGAGAGCUUUGGGUCCACUAAUGGGUGUGACCGUACCGACAUUGCAUGUGGGUAUGUUAUUUAGCGCUUGUUGCUGGUAUCGCGAUCCACAUGGUUUACCAUGGAUAGAGUAUCUACAUACAGGUGCCAAAAAGAUUUGGUAUGGGAUACCCGAUGAGCAUAAUAACAAUUUUCGAAAAGCACUUUCGAAAAUGGUACCGCGAUAUUGCAAAAACAAGACUAUAUGGUUACCUUCUGACACUGCCAUGGUUCCACCAGAAUUAUUAGUAAGCAACGGUGUACCGUUAUGUCAGAUAGUACAAGAACCGGGACAAUUUAUAAUAGUAUUUCCAAAAGCGUUUACAUCUAGCAUUUGUACCGGUUAUGUAGUAUCCGAAAGCGUAUAUUUCGCACAACCAUCUUGGUUAGAAACCGCGGAACAAGUAUUUAAGGACAUACAAGACAGUUGCGAACCUUCUAUCUUUUCAUUCGAAAGAUUGUUAUUUAAUAUUAUUAAUGACACAAGAUCUCACAUAGAUAUAUUAAAACAGAUAUUGCCGAGUGUGAUAAAGAUUCGCGAAAAGGAAUUAGAUUAUCGUAAACAACUGGAAUGUGUGGGUCUUAUCAAUAGAGAAAGAUUGCCUUUGCCAGAUAGUGGAAAAGGAAAGAAAGGGAAAAAGGUGAAAGAAGAUGAUGGUGACUUUGAAUGUGAGACGUGUAGAGCCAAUUUGUUUGUCUCUUUGGUAAACAAUUCACAAGAUGACAGCGUUUAUUGUUUGCCGCAUGCAUUGCAUUUAAUCAGUUGUAAGAAGCAAAUUCUGAAAUAUUGUACUCUGAUGUACACAUAUGACGAAGACGAAUUAGACGAAUUGAUUCACAAACUGGAAAACAGGAUCGAAGCCAAAUCUAAAAAAACUAAUCAAAUAAAACAAAAUAAGCAAGAAAGAUAAGUCUGUUAUUUUAUUUAUAAAAGAUAAAAGUGCUUAUUAUUUAUUAAUCUAUGUUAGAAUAAACGUUGCAUAACUAGCAAACAUGAUUGUACUGUGUCUCGCUUAUUAUAAUAGAAACUAGUUUAUAAAAAUUGUUUGUUUAUCUAGCGUAUAAUAGGAUAAAUGAUGAUAAUGAACGACAUUAUAAGAAAUAGAAGUUUUAUAGUAUAUGAUUUGCCCAACUCUUUCGAGACGGUUGUGAUGUAUAAAAUAUGUGAAAUUAUGUGAUUUCAUGAUACUCGUCUUUAAAGAGUUAAAAAAUAAAAAUAUUCAUAUAUUCCAUUGGCGGAAAUAUCUA